ACUCCCAUAGAAGUCAUCCUAGAAGUUCCCAGUUUGGUUUGAACCCCAAAGUUUCAAUGAACUCUCCUUUUCCUACCUUCCUGGGGUCUGGAAACUCCAGAAUUACCCUCCACCCUGUGAUCGCAUUAUGGUUUUUGCCACUGCAUAACCUUAGGCUGCCACAGAGCCCAAAUUUCCUGCCACUCGCCUUGCUCUGCAGAAUUUUGACAUGACCUACAGUGUGCAGUUUGGAGAUAUUUGGCCAUCGAUCCGGGUCAGUCUUCUCUCAGAGCAGAAGUAUGGUGCACUGGUCAAUAACUUUGCUGCCUGCGAUCAUGUGAGUGAUGAACUGGAGCAGCUGCAUGCCAGAGACUUUGUGAAUAAAGCCCACUCCCAUGGGGAACUGGAGCCUGAGAGUGGCCAGACGGCAGCUCCAUCCCCAGCUUCCUGGGCCUGCAGUCCAAACCUUCGAUGCUUCACUUUCACCAGAGGGGAUGUCAGCCGUUUCCCUCCUGCCAGGCUUGGCAGCCUAGGUGUCAUGGACUACUACCUGAUGGAUGCUGCCUCCUUGCUGCCUGUCCUGGCCCUUGGCCUGCAGCCCGGUGACACGGUGCUUGACUUAUGUGCAGCCCCCGGGGGAAAGACACUAGCAUUGCUUCAGACUGGCUGUUGCCGCAAUCUUGCUGCCAAUGAUCUCUCCACUUCCCGAACAGGCAGACUUCAUAAAGUCCUUCACAGCUAUGUACCUCAAGAUGUUAGGGAUAAAAGUCGAGUUCGAGUCACCUCAUGGGAUGGCAGGAAGUGGGGAGAACUGGAGGGGGACACCUAUGACCGGGUGCUGGUGGAUGUGCCCUGUACCACAGACCGCCACUCCCUUCAUGAGGAGGAGAACAACAUUUUUCAGCGGUCAAGAAAGAAGGAGCGGCAGAUGUUACCUAUGCUGCAGGUGCAGCUUCUUGCGGCUGGACUUCUUGCCACAAAACCAGGAGGCUACGUUGUCUAUUCCACCUGCUCACUCUCACACUUACAGAACGAGUAUGUGGUUCAAGGUGCCAUCGAGCUCCUGUCCAAUCAAUAUAACAUCGAAGUUCGGGUGGAAGAUCUGACUCAUUUCAGAAAACUUUUCAUGGACACGUUCUCUUUUUUCCCAUCCUGCCAGGUUGGGGAACUGGUUAUCCCGAACCUCCUGGCCAAUUUUGGGCCCAUGUACUUUUGCAAAAUGUGUAGACUGACAUAGCAUCACCCUGUUCCUGGAGCCGUGGUGUGUGAACACAAAGGGUGUACUUCCAAGGAGGCACCGGAAACUGAGACCAUUGGCAAAGAUGCACUCUGGGUCCUAUCUCCAUCAUGUUCAAGUCUCUCUAUAGAUAAUUUUUAGCAAUAGGAAGUAGGAGUUUUUCUGUCCUGCUGUCCAAUUGUAGAGCAUCAGUAGGUUUCUAACUCACUUAUUAUACUCCACCUCCCACUUUCCAUCUCUAAGCCUAUACUACACGUUCCUGCUUCAUUGGGGGCUUAGGAGGAGGAGCCAGUGAGUAGGCCACAGUUUAUACUGUAAACUUGGGAAGAAGCAUUUAGUCAAUAAAAUUGUUGAAGCUCCAAAGAGCUGAGGCUGU